AUGGUUUUCAUUCUUGGUGUCAACUUCCCAGAGCGGAACCUGCUCAAGGCAAGUAAAUCCCUCCAGACUUUUUUUGGUAUCGGUAACCACACCUCUUCCCGCCUGCUCGCCCGUUUCAGUAUUCACCCGACCUGCCGCGUCGGCGAGCUAGCCAACAAGCAGGUCCUCGACCUGACUGCCGUGCUCUCAGACAUGAAGAUUGAGAACGAUCUCCGCCGAGAAGUGUUGAAUGACAUCAAGCGCUUGAAGGAAACUGGAACAUACCGCGGGCGUCGCCAUGCGCUGGGUCUUCCUGUACGAGGACAGCGUACACGCACUCAGAUCAAAACUCCUGUUAAGCUAAACCGGAUGGAGCGUCGGAUGUGA